AAGGGGAUUCCUGGUCAUUUUGUUUGCAUACCAUGCUCCUGAAAUUAUGACGUUUGUCAAUGGAUUUCCCCCCAAUUUUCCAAGGGAAGUUAAACACAUUUAUUAUCAGUCUAAUUUUGAUGGUGAUGUUGCGGAAUUAAAGGCGGCGGUGGACAAGGAAUGUAAUGCUGACCCAGAUUCGCGAUCUCGCUUUGUGUUUCGUAAGCUUAUGUGUAUUCAGUUUCAACAUGAAGUUUGUCGUAGAAUGAUUUGGUAUGAUAUUCACGGGUAUUAUAGAGCUAUGUGGGCGGAGGAUGAUAGAUAUUCAGCUGAGUUUGAAAAUUAGGUUCCAGUCAGCCUAACAUCAGAUCUAGUUAAUUCUCAAAGUGUUUGUUUAUAUUUGGCAUUUAGUUAUUCAUUUAUUCAUAAAUAAACAGUUAACUAUUCAAGUCUAAAUCAUUUUUUCUUAAUUUUUGAAACUUUU